AUGAAGUCUGAUCGGUUUGAUUACGUCCUCAAGUUUCUGAUUAUCGGCGAUGCUGGGACUGGCAAAACUUGCAUCCUUAGGCGUUAUACGGAACGAAAGUUUUUCCCCAACACACAGCAUACUAUUGGAGCUGAAUUUGGUAAUCGAAUCAUCAACGUAGACGGAACCCACGUUAAGAUUCAGAUUUGGGAUACUGCUGGUCAGGAACGGUUCCGCUCAUUGGCUAGGGCUUACUUCCAUGAUGCGGUUGGCACUCUACUGGUCUAUGAUAUCACCAACCGCGCCUCUUUUAGUGCCGUUGAACAGUGGUUAGGCGAUGCGCGUCAACUUGCCACCCCUGGUGUCGUUGUGAUCCUCGUCGGUAACAAGAAGGAUCUUCAGGAUACGGAUGGUCAAGUGACCCAUUGGGAGGCGAAUACAUUUGCGCAGGAAAAUGAGUUACAGUUCAUCGAGACUUCAGCUUUGACAGGGGAAAAUAUCGAUGACGCCUUCACGUCGUGCGUACGGGUCAUCCUAAGUAAGAUGAAGUCAGGCGAGUUGGGCGUUAAUCGCCUCCUGAGUGAAAGCAAAAGCUCCCAUCUCCAAACGGUCAAUCUCACCGCUACUACUUCGUCGCAGCCCUCUGUAGGUGCUGCUCAGUCCGGUGCCUGCUCGUGCUGA